AUGAGUUGGCAAGGUGAGCCCUGACCGUCCGCUUGUGGACGAAUGAAAGAAAAGCGGGGUGAACAAAUCCCUGUUACGCUUUUGCUGAUUCUUAUCUCGAAACACCGUAGCCUAUGUUGACUCGACGUAAGCAGCACCACGAGAGAGCUUUCGCGUGCAUCUUCUAUUUUGUCUGCUAACUCUCCUAUAGCCUCUUGGGCUCUAAGAACGUUAAUGCAGCCGCCAUAUUCAGUGCUACGGGAGACAGUGUGUGGGCUACUUCUGCUGGUUUUACGGUCAGUAACCUCCCCUACUAUGGACCAGGUGGUAUAGGCAUUGCAUUUCCCCGCUUCAGCAAUUCCGGAUACCUCAUCCGAGGCCACGGAUGUCUUUAGCUUCUGUUGUCCAUAUUGGGUUCGAUUAACUGAUGCCUUCUGUUUCUUUCAACUAGGUUAAGCCGGAAGAGAUCAAGACAAUCGCUACAGCAUUUGGGGAUGGCACCAAGGUGCCUGAGCUCCCCACAGGAUUUCACAUUGGCGGCGUCAAGUACAUUACCAUCAAGUGUGAAUUGGGAAAAAUCUACGGAAAACAGGUGAGCCCCGCCGACGGAGCAUUCUUCAGCAAAUAAGGUCGGUUGUGGCAAACGCUCACAAUCUCACUCCAGGGCAAAACCGGCAUCGUUUGUGUCAGGACAGCACAAGCCAUUCUCGUUGCUCACUACGGCGAGAGCAUCCAACCCGGACAGGCAGCGACCACGGUUGAGAGCCUCGGCGAUUACCUACGGGGGGUAGGAUACUGAAUAUCGCCCCGAGUUGCUUUCGUGAAUCAUCGAGAAUAACGGGGAGUGGAUGGAGGGACGGGUUUUUUCUUCUUGCAACCAAAUCUGGGGUAGCGGAGCUCUGGUGCCCAAAUUAUCUGAAACCUAUUUCUUAGUCUCUCGCUUUGCUCAUUUUGUAUUCACUACUCCGUGUUUCUCCCCGUCCGUCCUACCGGUAUGCCUAUACCGCUUGGCAUUGCUCAAUGCCCCACACACGUAAACUGUGUCACCCCCUUUGAUCGACUAGUCUUCAGGGCUGUAUUAAACAUUAAAUUCUUCAUGCAUAAACCCGAACUUCUAAGCCACGCGCAGGCCAACAUGAUACACAUACCGUACUCCUCCUCCCCCUCCUCCUCGAUAUCCGUGAAUACAUGCCAAAGGUAAAACAGCUUCCAUCAUCCCAACAAAAAACCACCCCUUCCAGAAACGCCGGAGGAAAGAGAAGCCAAUAACCCCGGCCCCUUAGACGGGUAGUUGCGGUGCAGCGCCUAAAAGAAGAAUCAACUCCAGUCUUCCAUAUCCAAUCAGCAAUGGACCUACCGGUGACCCUUCGUAAUGGUCCCUCCAAAUAGGGCCCGACCUGAGGGAGCACACCUCGUCAAUAUCUUGUCCCUCCAACAGCUCACCCCCUCAAAGCCGCAUGCUUACCACAGGCACGGACCCCAAAAACCCAAUUAUAACCCCAAAGAAAUCGCCAAACAAGUUCAA